UUUAAGUAUAUGUACCUACUUGAAUGAAACGUUUAGUUUCUUACGCGACACAAUGGCAAACACACUGAUUGCUCUUUCACGUACACUUAUAAGCUUGUGGAUUGGAAUACAAGUCUACACGCCUCAGGUGACAUCUUUGAGUUCGUUGCGGAACAACUAUAUAAUGGCUUAUGAGAACAAAACUUGGGCAGAUCAUCAACUAAGAAAAGUUCAAAAUAAAUGCAGAGAAUAUACACAAUACGCCUGCCAGUAUCAAACACCUGAUGUAGAAGAUUCCCAUAUGGAUCGGGUACUGAAUGGAGAAAAUGUUCCUGAAGGGAUGCUUCCUCAUAUGGCAUUUCUAUUCGGUGAACUUGGGAAUUGCUCUGGUACGUUGAUCAGCGAAAAAUUUGUGAUGACUGCUGCUCAUUGUACUUUUGAUGCGGUUUGUCCAGAGAGACAAAUUAAAAUCAAACUAGGAAGUUUAGACAACACUAACGAUGGGACUGGUCGAUGGUAUGGUGUUGAUCGCAUCUACAACCACCCGUAUUUCAAGAAUUCAGAAACAGAUUUGAAAAGCUGGCCUCACGAUAUUGCCCUAAUAGAGCUAUCUGAAACAGUGCAUUUUAAUCGAAACAUCAGACCGAUAUGUUUGAACACUAAUUACGAGAUUAACAUGUACAGUAGUGUUAUUGCCGCAGGAUGGGGUCGUACUGAACAUGGACGGACCAACUUUCUCAAAAUGGUUGAAUUAGGAUUGAAAGAAUCGCACUGUGAUCUUGCUUACCGAAUUCAUUUCUACUACAUCGACAUAGUCAAAUCAUACACCUUUUGUGCCGCAGCGGACCAAAAAAAUGUUUGUCCAGGUGAUUCCGGAGGACCUCUACAUGUUCUGAUGAAUGAUACAUGUCCAAACAUGUAUGAACAAAUUGGGGUAGCUACGAAUGCAGGUUUCGAAUGUUCGUUAGAUUGCCAUUACAGUUACGCGAUAUUCCAAAAAGUUGCACUUUACGUUCCUUGGAUUGCUAGCAUUGUUUGGCCCGAAGGAGACGAACCAUGAAAAUGUAAUAAUAAUUGAGGAGGUGGAUAGCAAAACGCAAUAACUCCAUUUUUGUUUUUUUUGGGAAAUUAGGAAAAAUUGUCAGGAGGGGAAGGGUGGGGGGUCGAGUUCCGAAAUUGGUGUCAAAUGAAAGGGGAAGGUGCCACAAAUAAAAUUUCCACUCAAUUUCAAAAUUUCGGUCACCUGGGUAAGCACAGUGAGGAAAAGAAAAAAAAGUUAUUGCGUUUUGAACGCAAAAUUUUUUUUUUUGGUGUUUUUCUGCAAAAAAACGUAUUUUUUAUUUGAAAAAAUUGAUGUUUAAUCGAGAAUUUUCGAUAAAAAACAAUUAAAAAAAUGGAAUGUGAAAUUCAAACAAUUCCUGUGUGUGAUAUGACAUUCAGAGAGUGGCAACGAAAGCACCAUUUUUUUAAGUAACUCCUACCCAACGAUUUUCAGUACCCACCCGAUGAAAAAAAACAGUGUUACCACAUCUGCGCAACUGAAAUGUAUAAAAAGUAGUGGAGUUAUUGCGUUUUGCAAACAAAAUCUCAUUUUUCAAUGCAUUUAGCUCUAAAAUCAGACUUGUUUUCCUCGAUUGCGCUAUGAUAUUCAACUGAUGGACAAAAUCUGACACCGGGAAUGGAUUCCCCGUUGAAUUUUACAUAAGGAUAGAUAUCAAACUCAAUUUUCGUAAUUUUGGAGUUAUUGCGUUUUGCUAUCCACCUCCUCAAUUUAUAACUAUCGCCGAAGAAUGUCACCGAUCAUCAAAUUUUAUUUGAUGCAGAUGUCGUAUCACUGUAAAGGAAAAAAACCAUUUCUCGAUUGAUGAAAUAUGUAUUAUUAAUAUCCGAUUGUCACAUACACAAUCUAAAUAUACCAUAUAUGUACAUUCAA